AUGGGCAAGAACAGAAAUCGGAACAAGAACAAGAAUAGAGCCAAGCGAGCAAAAGGUGCUGGAGGCGACGAUGGCGAGACGAGUAAGACACAGGCGGCGAGUUCGAAUGUCAAUCAGACGCGUGGGGGCAAUACGAAGACAGUGGCAGACGAGCAGAAAGAGAUCAAGGAGCUGGAAGAAACACGGGCCAGCGAUGCACAAGAUGCGGUUAUUCCAAAAGCUCCAGCAGGCACGCUCAAGGCCAAAUGCGAUUCGGUCAUUUCGAACGCUUCGGGGGGUCCUGCAGAUGAAAUCAAAGUCGCAGCGCAAGUGGCUGGACGGCCAAGGUGGAAUUUGCGAAUCCGUCGAUGGCUCUGGCGGUGCUGGCCCUGUCGCUUGGUACGAUGGACGUAUCGUUUUCUAGUUGCGUUGGUGCGAAUCGACUGGAACGACCAGCAAAGGGCGGCAGAUGUGGUGCUGGCGGUGGGACUUGGUGGAUCAGUCGUAUUUGGAGUCUACGUGGUUGGUGAUUUCCUGCUCAGGCAUUGGGGGGAGCUCAUGGCAGUCUUUCCUUUGGAGUGGUUCCAGAGGGGAGCAUGCUCCGGUAUACGAGCCAAGAUGUCGGUGCUACAGCUUCACUGCCAGAAUGUGCUGCGAGGUCAUGGACCUUGGCUGGCUGCCUGGUCAGCAUACCCCGACGCAGAGGACGGCAUUUGA